AAAGAUCUAUGUGAAAAGAAGAUUGUAAAAUGUUUUAUUUUAUUUUUCAAUUGAUUUUAUAUUAUAUAUUGACGUACAUCGUUGGUGGAUGGUGCCUGUUGAUGCAAGUUCUUUCAAGACGCAAGAGAAACAUAGAUUUGCCGUUACAAACAGGAAAGGUUGCCAUAGUUACAGGAGGAGGUGCAGGGAUUGGCUUCGAUGUAUCAAAAGGGCUUGUAGCCAAAAAUGUACAUGUCAUUAUCGGAGGGAAAUGUGAAGAGACGGGCAAGAAUGCUAUCAGAGAGAUAAGAAAAGAUUUCCCAAAUGCUAAAGUUGAUUAUAUCCACUUGGACCUGGAAUCCCUGAAGUCAGUCAGAGAAUUUGCAGAAACCUUCCUAUCAAGGAAUUUACCACUUCAUAUACUUAUAAAUAAUGCUGGAAUAAUGUUUACACCAUACAGCUGUACAGUAGAUGGAUAUGAGAGCCAGCUUCAGGUGAAUUUUCUCUCUCAUUUCUACCUGACACAGUUAUUGCUCGAUAGACUCGUGCGCUCAGGAACUCCAGGCUCCUGGUCUAGAAUUGUAAAUGUCUCGACAUACAUGCAUUAUAUUGGAAAUCCAGAUAUAGAAAACAUGGCAAAUAGGAUUGAACAUUGGUACGAGUAUUCUUCACACAGAGCGUAUGCGGAUUCUAAGCUGAUGGUGAUAGCAGGGGCCAACAUGUUGAGUAAAAGGCUGCGGGAGGAUGAGGCCCCAGUAUCUGUGUGCAGUCUCCACCCUGGGGUAGUGAGAACAAAUCUCUUCCAACAUGUCAGUGCAAUACACAAAGUGCCAUUCAGAUUGCUGUUAGAAGGCUGGGCCUAUCUUAAUACAGAGCAAGGUGCAGAGACUACAUUAUAUGCCGCCAUAUCACCGGAGGUGGAAGGUCAAACUGGAUGUUACUAUGACAACUCAGAGAGAACAGAAGCAGCUAGUUUAACAUAUAAUGAAGAUUUCCAAAAUGAACUUUGGACUAAAAGUAUUUUAAUGAUAGAGAAUGCAGGAAGUAGCUAGUACUUGCAAGCUUUACCUCUGACAGUAUGUUGGUCUGUGGCUGUAUCUUUAACUCUUACCCUGCUAAAUUGCUGUAAUGGACUUGUCCACCUUUCAAUUUGGACAGUGCCAUUGACUGUUAAAUGGGGUGCUCACCAAAAAGAUACUGAGUGGUGAACAGUGCUGAUCAUGAUCAGACUGCAUGGAUAUGCAAGUUGAUCAGGCCUAAAAAAAAAAUAUGUUUGUUUCCUGUAACCCGACCGACCGUAAGUUUUUACCGCCGACCGCAAUUUUUUUAUGGGCUAAAAUUCGAGAUUCUGAUCAUAUCUUUAUUGAUUAUAGGGAUAAUUUAGUUGCACCCGACCUCGUCGCGCAUAGUCACGAACGUUCCUGGUUCUGUCGACAUGAAACAACAUGGCGAAAAGCCUGUUUGUCGGUAGACUCGAGGUUCCGGGUUUUCACCCGCGAAAAUCGAGAAGUUUUCUUUGAUGCAUAUCGAGUUCAAAAGUUCUGCCCCUAGUCAAUCAAAAUCUCGGUGAAUUUCAAUACUGUUCGCCGCCACAAGCGGAAGUAUGGCAGUAGGCGGAGCGUCAUAUACUAAUUAGCUACUGACAGAUGUCAAUCACGCCACGCGCCGACUGACACGUGGUUAUCUCGCGGUUUGUAUUUAGUACUUCAUUAUGAAAGGUGUUUAUUGAUCAAGGUGUAAACGUUAAUUGAUAAACAAUUCGUAGAAGAGCAGUCUAUUAUCAUGUUUGUACCACUUGUUCAGGGGUCACGCUGUCGGUUGCACUUGAGCCAUUUGCGACAAAAGAUUAAUUGUGGCCCCGAAAAUCUCUAAUUGGCAGAAACGGCCCGAAGCUAUGUCUGUCUGCAAAACUAUGAACUUUGCCUGUUACACAAUGUUUACUGAACGAAAGGAAUCAGUGUAGAAAAAAAAUUUGUAUGAACAACAUCCGUUAUUGAAAGGCGGGAGCAAAUUUUCAAUAAUUUUAUUUGAUUAGUAAUUUAAUUUAUACAGGCCUCGACCUUAGCGGUGGACCGUUGGACCGACGCAACCAAAAUCGGCAGGUCCACUAUCAAAAGUUGGGUAGACCGACGGUCAACCAAUUUUCAGUCACGGUCUGCAAAUAAAAUAAAACCCUUAAAAGUGGAAAAAUAGGGGUGAUGGGGGGUGGGGGAUCGUACCCAUAUCGGCGAAUUCACAAAACGAAAGUUGAUUUUGCCUUAGUACGGCAUUCUACAGUUAUAAGCAUUGGCGAGUUAAAGUCAGGAUAGCACGAAUGGACUACUCCACCGAUCGGGUGAGUGGUUUUUACGUGGUAACUUUACCAAAUUGAGUAAUUACAUCAGGCAAAAUUACCUGGAUUGACUGGA